GGCUCGGAUGGAAGCGGCGCGGAGGCCGCGGCUGGGGCUGAGCCGCCGGAGGCCGCCCCCAGCGGGCGGGAGCCCAGGUGCGGCCCGGAGCCCACUGAAGCCUUCACUGUCGGACCCAAGACCUUUUCCUGGACGCCCUUUCCGCCAGACCUGUGGAGCCCGGGCCGCUCCUACCGGCUGCUUCGCGGGGCAGGAGGGCACCUGGAGCCCCCCGCCAGGUCCCUGCCCCAGCGCCCGGCACCUGAUCCCUGCAGGGCCCCCAGGGUGGAGCAGCAGCCGUCCGUGGAGGGUACCGCCCUGCGCCGCUGCCCCAUGUGCCAGAAAGAGUUCGGCCCCAGGGCAGAUUCACUGCAGUGAAAUCAGAACCGGACACAGCCCCAGGCGGCCGAACUGGAGGACUCAGGAUAUAGGAGCCUGAGGAUGCGCCUGGACUGGUGGAGGGUGGCGUCUGGACACGACCCAUGGGAGCUCCCGACAAGAUGGGCGCCACCUCCCGGUGCAGGGGCAAGGAAGGUGGAUCUGCCCUGCUGGCGGGGCCCUUGGCACACACCGCCUCUCUUCGCCAGGGCAGCGUGCAGAGAGGCCGGGCUCCAGGAGGAAAGCAGGGUUGGGGACCUGGUGCUGGGCCCCAGAGCCACACCCCAGUGGCAGCAACUGCCCGAGCAGUGCUGGUUCAGCUGGGGGCAGGCCAGGAGGGGCUGAGGCGGCUCUGGGGUGACUGUGACCCCGUUCCAGCUCUACCCUCGGACCCUCGGGGGGUGGGCACUGUGUCCUUUCACCAUCCACCCUGCUGCUCCCACCGCCUUCCCCACAGUCCGUGAAAGAGACACUGAGUCCACAGGUGGGGCCCAGGGCCUCACGCAUGCCCCGCUCCCACGCGGAGCUGACACCCACCAAGGGGCUGUUCUCAAGCUUUGCCCGCUACAGCCCAUGGAACUAAGUCCAGCACAGCACCUAGGGGGCCCCCAAAGGGACCAGAAAGCAGCCGCUGCAGGAACAGGUGGCCCCCCUUGAAAGGCGAGACCGAGACCACCGGACCUGCAGCUGCGCCCUGAGCACCUGCCCAAGAGGAACGAACACAGAAGCGGGUUCACAGGUGUUCACAGCAGCACGAUUCACAAUGGCCAGAAAGUAGAGGCCACCCUAUGUCCACUGAGGGUGGAUGCAGCAGUGCGGUCUCCAGGCAGUGGGCGCAGUGAGUGGGGUUCAGCGCAGGAAGGAGGCAACGCCACGUGCUACUGCGUGGGUGCACCUUGUGGAGACGAUGCUGAGGGGAGAGGGCAGGCACGAAAGGCCGUGGCAUGCCCAGGUCCAUUUCCAUGACCAUUUCCGUGACACGUCCAGACUAGGCAGAGCCACAGAGCCUGGCGGAGCAGCCACUGCAGGGCGUGGGGAGAGGCUGGAGUGGGUUCGGGUCUUCUCUGGGUACAGGGUGAUGAAAGUGAUUGCAGUGAUGUCGUAUAACUCUGGGCCUGCUCAAAACCACUGAGUUGUGGACGUUGGGUGAAUGGGGGGAGCACCUUCCUUCUGCUGAGGUCACAUGGUGCACUGCAUGGAGGUGGUGGUGACCCCACACCAACCCUGCUGAGGCCAGCUAAAGCAAUCUGACC